CGAGUGGAUCACAGAAAGUCUGGCAACAAAAAAGCUGCAAUGGUUACCUCCUCACUGCUUCCAACUCCUCCUCUUUCUCAGCUGGUGCCCUAUCACUGGCAGCGACAGCGUACCCUCAUGAUGCCAAGGUUGGAGACUAUCAAGAAUCAUGACGACACCGGCCCUUCUCUGUACUGCAGGACUGCCCCAGAGUGCUCCAGGCAGCAGAAACAACAUUGAACUACUCCAGUGGUCUGCACCAUUACAUUUCCUGUGGUACUUUAUGCAGCCCCUCUGAGUGUGUAAUACACACUCCCAUAUGGACCACGUCAUCAAACAAAGGCUCUUGUCACCUCCUCAUUACUUCAAGUUGUUCAAAUGAGGAUGGCAGGGCAGAAUAUUGAAGAAUUAUUACAAAGUCUUCUGUUCAGUAUCCUGCUGCUCUCUGACAAGGAAAACUGAAAUGUACUUGAUUUUCAUGUAAUUUUGAUUCCCAUUACAGGUCCUUAUGGGAACAGGAAAAAUGACAAGCUGGAAAAUUUUGCAAGUAAUCUUUGGGCCAGCCUGGAAUCUUCCCAUCCUCUGGCCAUGACCUUGUGACCCUGCUUGGAGGUUGUAGUUACAGUUUCAGAAGUGAUCAAUUCCAGUGAGGAUGUCUGUACCAAGGUGAAAGCUCAUGCACAGUUCUUCACGACGGGAAAAAUGGCUCCAUUCAGACUCUGGAGAUUCAGGACACAAUCAUCGCCUUGGAAGCUUAAUCACGAUACUACCUUGCAUUUCUGAAGAGGGAAGAAGAAAUCAACAUGAAAAUUCAAUUCCAUGGUUUUGGAAGUCCCAUUGAGAACACGAUUCAUUUGCGCCGGCAUAAUGCUCUGACCGAGAAAGAAUUGAAGUUUCCACUUGGAAGAAAGAUUCACAUCAAAUUGACUGGUCAAGGAAAUGGGACACUGACUAACCAUACGAUUAGACUGUUUUGAUGAGAAAUUUAAAGAUUACGUGUCCCAUCCGUUUGACUCACAGUUUGGUACCAUAGGUUGGUACGAUCUUCGUUGGAGAAGGAAAAGGGAUGUUCCAGAUACAGAAAACCGUCAAACCAUUUACAACAAAGUCCAUUUCUGAACCAUACGAUGAGACUGUUUUGAUGAGGAAUUGAAAGAUUAUGUGUCCCAUCCAUUUGACUCACAGUUUGGUACCAUAGGUUGGUACGAUCUUCGUUGGAGAAGGAAAAGGGAUGUUCCAGAUACAGAAAAUCGUCAAACCAUUUACGACAAAGUCCGUUUCUGGGUGGAGUUAGUGGAACCGAAAAAGAUGUCUCCCUCACAGCGUUUGUGACAAAAGAAUUGCAUCGUUCCUUGGCGGCCUUUCAACAGAAGAAUAUUUAGAGAUUUCCCGAGUGAUUCUGAUGUUGGUUCCUGGAAAGCCUCCAUUGUUGGAGGACGAGAAUCCGUAUCCACUUGAAGCAGCAUAGGCUUCUGCGAUGACUGUGGAAACCACUGCUUAUGCCUUGCUUCAAGCGUUGUCAAGGAAUGAUAUUGACUAUGCAACACCGAUUGCGAGGUGGCCAACGAUGCAACAGAACUAUGGUGGUGGAUUUCACUCGACGCAGGACACAAUCAUUGCCUUGGAAGCUUCAUCAUGAUACGACAUUGCAUUUCUGAAGAGGGAAGAAGAAAUCAACAUGCAAAUUCAAUUCCAUGGUUUUGGAAGUCCCAUUGAGAACACAAUUCAUGUGCGCUGGCACAAUGCUCUGACCGAGAAAGAAUCGAAGCUUCCGCUUGGAAGAAAGAUUCACAUCAAGUUGACUGGUCAAGUAAAUGGGACACUGACUAACCAUACAAUUAGUCUGUUUUGAUGAGGAACUUAAAGAUUACGAGUCCCGUCCGUUUGACUCAGAGUUUGGUACCAUAGGUUGGUACGAUCUUCGUUGGAGAAGGAAAAGGGAUGUUCCAGAUACAGAAAAUAGUCAAACCAUUUACUACAAAGUCCGUUUCUGGGUGGAGUUAGUGGAACCGAAAAAGAUGUCUCCCUCACAGCGUUUGUGACAAAAGAAUUGCAUUGUUCCUUGGCGGCCUUUCAACAGAAGAACAUUCAGAGAUUUCACGAGCGGAAAAAAGCAAUGAAAGUGCCGUUAAUGUUUUGCACGGCGAGCUGCUGCAUACUAACCGGUCUCACACCAUUACCAUCACCUUGCCCUUGUGAAGGCAGAUAUGGAUAAGGUUCUCAAAGCUGAUAGAAGAUUGAAACCACUCUAAUCCUGUGACGAUGAACCUACCCCGGAAGAGAGAGCCCAGAGAAUUGCCAAAGCUGUCCGCAAACAGUCAACAGAAGUGAAGGAAAAUUGGGAGCAAUUGAAAACCCGUGCGAGCAACUGGCAGAAACAGGUGGAAAAGGCGUUGGAGAAACUUCAAGAACUGCAGAAAGCGCUGGAUGAUCUUGAGGCUCAUGUGAUAACAGCUGAGGGGGUCCACACUGAUUGGCAACCUGUGGGUGACCUGCUUAUUGACUCAUUGCAGGAUCACAUUGAUAAAACCACAGGUAAGGACUAUCUGCAAAAUCUGAGAUUGGGUUUUGAAAGACAGCAGCCUUUGUUUUGGAGAGAUAAUGGGAACUGCAGAUGCUGGAGAACGCGAGAUAACACCGUGUGGAACUGGAUGAAGACAGCAGGCCAAGCAGCAUCUCAGGAGCACAAAAGCUGACGUUUCGGGCCGAGAACCUUCUUCAGAAAAUGGGGAGGGGGUGCGGGUUCUGGAAUAAAUAGGGAGAGAGGGGGAGGCGGAUGGAAGAUGGAUGGAGGAGAAGAUAGGUGGAGAGGAGAGUAUGGGUAGGGAGGCAGGGAGGGGAUAGGUCAGUCUGGGGAGGCCGGACAGGUCAAGGGAGCGGGAUGAGGGGAAAUAGGGGUGCGGCAUGAGGUGGGAGGGGGGAUGGGUGAGAGGAAGAAUAGGUUAGGGAGGCAGGGACGAGCUGGGCUGGUUUUGGGAUGCAGUGGGAGGACAGGAGAUUUGGAAGCUUGUGAAAUCCACACUGAUACCAUUGGGCUGCAGGGUUCCCAAGCAGAAUAUGAGUUGCUGUUCCUGCAACCUUCGGGUGGCGUCAUUAUGGCACUGCAGGAGGUCCAGAUUGGACAUGUCCUCUCAGGAAUGGGAGGGGGAGUUGAAAUGGUUCGUGACUGGGAGGUGCAGUUGUUUAUUGCAAACUGAGCGUAGGUGUUCUGAAAAGUGGUCCCCAAGCCUCUGCAUCGUUUCCCCAAUGUGGAGGAAGCCACAACGGGGACAGCGGAUGUUUUGGAUAUUUCUUAAGCAUUGAUUUUCAUUCAGAGUUGGUUGGAUUUUGCUGAAGCAAUAGACAUAACUCACUAUGACAUAGACAAUGUCAGAGUUAAUGUUUCGCGUCCUGUGACCCUUCCUCAGAUCUCACUCUUCACUGAUGCUGCCAGACCUGCUGAGCUUUUCCAGCAACUUCUGCUUUUGUUGCUGAUUUACAGUGCCCACAGUUAGAACAUAGAACAUAGAACAGUACAGCACAGAAAAGGCCCAUCAGCCCACAAUGUUGUGCCGACCAUUGAUCCUCAUGUAUGCCCCCUCAAAUUUCUGUGACCAUAUACAUGUCCAGCAGUCUCUUAAAUGACCCCAAUGACCUUGCUUCCACAACUGCUGCUGGCAACGCAUUCCAUGCUCUCACAACUCUCUGCGUAAAGAACCUGCCUCUGACAUCCCCUCUCUACUUUCCACCAACCAGCUUAAAACUAUGACCCCUCGUGCUAGCCAUUUCUGCCCUGGGAAAUAGUCUCUGGCUUUCAACUCUAUCUAUGCCUCUCAUUAUCUUGUAUACCUCAAUUAGGUCCCCUCUCCUCCUCCUUUUCUCCAAUGAAAAGAGACCGAGCUCAGUCAACCUCUCUUCAUAAGAUAAGCCCUCCAGUCCAGGCAGCAUCCUGGUAAACCACCUCUGAACCCUCUCCAAAGCAUCCACAUCUUUCCUAUAAUAGGGCGCCCAGAACUGGACGCAGUAUUCCAAGUGCGGUCUAACCAAAGUUUUAUAUAGCUGCAACAAGAUCUCACGACUCUUCAACUCAAUCCCCCUGUUAGUGAAAGCCAAAACACCAUAUGCUUUCUUAACAACCCUGUCCACUUGGGUGGCCAUUUUAAGGGAUCUAUGUAUCUGCACACCAAGAUCCCUCUGUUCCCCCACGCUGCCAAGAAUCCUAUCCUUAAUCCUGUACUCAGCUUUCAAAUUCGACCUUCCAAAAUGCAUCACCUCGCAUUUAUCAAGGUUGAACUCCAUCUGCCACCUCUCAGCCCAUCUCUGCAUCCUGUCAAUGUCCCGCUGCAGCCUACAGCAGCCCUCUACACUGUCAACGACACCUCCGACCUUUGUGUCGUCUGCAAACUUGCUGACCCAUCCUUCAAUUCCCUCGUCCAAGUCAUUAAUAAAAAUUACAAACAGUAGAGGCCCAAGGACAGAGCCCUGUGGAACUCCAUUCACCACUGACUUCCAGGCAGAAUCUUUUCCUUCUACUACCACUCGCUGUCUUCUGUUGGCCAGCCAAUUCUGUAUCCAAGCAGCUAAGUUCCCCUGUAUCCCAUUCCUCCUGACCUUCUGAAUGAGCCUACCAUGGGGAACCUUAUCAAAUGCCUUACUGAAGUCCAUAUACACCACAUCCACAGCUCGACCCUCAUCAACUUUUCUAGUCACAUCCUCAAAACCUCGAUAAGGUUUGUAAGGCAUGACCUACCCCUCACAAAGCCGUGUUGACUGUAUUUGAUCAAGCCAUGCUCUUCCAGAUGGUCAUAAAUCUUAUCCCUCAGAAUCCUUUCUAACAACUUGCAGACGACAGACGUGAGACUUACCGGUCUAUAAUUGCCAGGGAUUUCCCUAUUUCCUUUCUUGAAGAGACGAAUUACAUUUGCCUCUCUCCAGUCCUCAGGUACGACUCCAGUGGAGAGCGAGGAUGCAAAGAUCUUCGCAAGUGGCGAAGCAAUUGCAUUUCUCGCUUCCCAAAGCAGCCGAGGACAAAUCUGAUCCGGGCCUGGCGACUUGUCAAUCUUAAUGUUUGACAAAAUUUUCAGCACAUCAGCUUCGUCUAUCUCUAUCCAUUCCAGCAUGCACACCUGCUCUUCAAAGGUUUCAUUCACUACAAAGUUGGUUUCUUUCGUAAAGACAGAAGCAAAAAACUCAUUUAGGGCUUCCCCUACCUCCUCAGGCUCCACACACAAGUUCCCUCUGCCAUCCCUGAUCGGCCCUAUGACGCAGGCAAAACUCUAUCUCUGCAGGAAGCAUGAUGCUGUGUUCUCAAACUUACCUGCCUUUUUGUCAUAUAAUAUUGUCUUUUUAGGACAGAAGUGGCUUUUUUUUGUUUGCUUUGACUUGUGCACAUACUUUCUAUGCAUGUUAAAAUUCUACACCUUUUCAGUUCACUGCAGUGCUGCAUAAUGAAGACUUGGAACAAUUUUUUUUUUAUAAAGUAGAAAAUCAGUGUGGUUUGUUUUCCAAAAUGUGAUGUGUAAGUGCAACACUUAACAGUGUGUUCAUCAAACUAUUGUUUCCUUUGAUCUUUGUGUUGCAGAAAUUUCUAGAAUCAUUUCAUCUCUAUUUUUCUUGAUAUAUUUCGCAGCUUUCCUGGAGCAAGUCUGGUUUCCUUCGGAUGAGACGACUUUCAGACAUACUCCCUUUAUUAUGAGAUUUAAUUGCGGUAAAAUGAGGAGGAUUUUUAUUCACUGAGACACACAUGGCUAUAUGUUUAAAGCAUUGGAAAAUGCGUUCUGUUCGGACUGUCAUGUUAUCUGGUGUUUGUACCAGGCUUUCCGAUUAAAUGCAAGUGAUUAAGGAUGCUAAUGAUGCCACAUGUUAUUACAAGAGGAAAUGAACAUACAAGUCAGGAUUUUAUGCCACAUUUAUACAUAGCAUAUACCAUGCAGCAUGGAUGCAGUGACUGAGUGAAAUGGGAUGCAGUGACUGAGUGAAAUGGGAUGCAGUGACUGAGUGAAAUGGGAUGCAGUGACUGAGUGAAAUAGGGAUGCAGUGUCGGAGGGAAAUCGGGAUGCAGUGACUGAGACAAAUGGGAUGCACUGACAGAUGGAAAUGGGAUACAGUGCCUCAGUGAAAUGCUCACAACGAAUUGUCCCCUCCAGUCCUGACCCGCUCUCAGCAACUUGCCCCCUCCGUCCUGCCCCGCUCACAGCGACUUUCCCCAUCCGUCCUGACCCGCUGACAGCGAAUUGUCCCCUCCGUUCUGACCCACUCGCAGCGACCUGCCCCUACAGUCGUGACCCGCUCACACCGACUAGCGCCUGCAGUCCUGACCCGCUCACACCGACGAGCGCCUGCAGUCCUGACCCGCUCACAGUGACUCGCCCCUGCAGUCCUGACCUGCUCACAGCGACUUCUCUCUGCAGACCUGACCCACUCACAGCGAAUUACCCCUGCAGUCCUGACCCGCUCAUUGCGACUUGCCCCUGCAGUCCUGACCCCCUCUCAGCGACUCGCCCCUUCAGUCCUGUCCCAAUCACAAGGACUUGCCCUCUCCAUCCUUACCCGCUCACAGCGACUUGCCCCCUCAGUCCUCAGCCCCUCACAGCGACUUGCCACCUCAGUCUUGACCCACUCACAGCGACCUCCCCCCUCUGUCCUGACCCCCUCACAGCAACCUGCCCCCUCCGUGCUGACCCCCUCACAGCAACCUGCCCCCUUCGUGCUGACCCGCUCACAGUGACUUGCCCCUGCAGUCCUGGCCCCGACACAGUGACCUGCCCCCUCACUCCUGACCCGCUCAACAUUGAGGAAACCAAGCAGAGGCUUGGGGACCGCUUUGCAGAACACCUCCAAACGGUUCGCAACAAACAACUGCACCUCCCAGUCGCGAACCAUUUUAACUCCCCCUCCCAUUCCUUGGACGACAUGUCCAUCAUGGGCCUCCUGCAGUGCCACAAUAAUGCCACCCGAAGGUUGCAAGAACAGCAACUCAUAAUCCGCUUUGGAACCCUGCAACCCAAUGGUAUCAAUGUGGACUUCACAAGCUUCAAAAACUCCCCCUCCCCAACUGCAUCCCAAAACCAGCCCAGUUCUUCCCCUCCCGCGACUGCAUCACAAAACCAGCCCAGCCAUUCCCUUCCCCCGACACCAGCCCAGCCGUUCCCUUCCCCCGACUGCUUCCCAAAACCAGCCCAGCCUGUCUCCGCCUCCUUAACCUGUUGUUCCUCUCACCCAUCCCUUCCUCCCACCUCAAGCCACACCUCCAUUUCCUACCUACCACCUCAUCCUGCCUCCUUGACCUGUCCAUCUUCCCUGGACUGAACUAUCCCCUCCCUACCUACUCACCUGUACUCUCCUCUCUACCUAUCUUGUUUUCUCUCCAUCUUCGGUCCGCAUCCCCCCCUCUCCCUAUUUAUUCCAGUUCCCUCUCCCAUCCCCGUCUCUGAUGAAGGGUCCAGGCCCGAAAUGUCAGCUUUUUUGCUCCUGAGAUGCUGCUUGGCCUGCUGUGUUCAUCCAGCUCCGCACUUUGUUAUCUUGGAUUCUCCAGCAUCUGCAGUUCCCAUUAUCAGUGGCAUUUUCCUCUUCAUCAAAGUUUGUGCAAAAGCAACACGAUAUGGGGCGACACGGUAGCUCAGCGGUUAGCACUGCAGCCUCACAGCACUGGGGACCCAGGUUCAAUUCCAGCCUCAGGCAACUGUCUGUGUGGAAUUUGCACCUUGUCCCUGUGUCUGCGUGGGUUUCCUCCAGGUGUUUCAGUCUCGUCCCACAGUCCAAAGAUGUGCACGCUAGGUGGAUUGGCCUUGCUAAAUUGCCCAUAGUGUUCAGGGGCGUGGGUCUGGAUGGGAUGCUCCAAGGUUUGGUGUGCACUUGUGGGGCCAAAGGGCCUGUUUCCACACUGUAGGGAAUCUAAACAAUCCUGUUCCGACACCUCCAUGUUAUAACCCUGCUGAUCACUGCACACAGAGAUGUUUGAUAACAAAAGGAUAACAAUAAUAUUCAAACCCAGUGCUGGAAAUGUAAUUUAAAUGAGUAUUUGAAAUACAGAGGCCAGUGUCGAUCUUCAAUUCAACUUUUAUUUACAAAUGAUCUGUCUUCAACUUUAGCACUGCCUCAUUCAGAGAUAGUUGCCAGGGUGUCAGCGUCUCUGACCCUCACACUUCUUAUCUGUCAGCCAGGGCUCCCUGAUUUGGGCUGUUCAUAUGGAGCAAUCAGUCAACUCUCAUUCUGAGAGGUUCAACUGGCCGACCUGGUCACAAACCAGUGCGGUGUGUUCAUCGAAAAUCAAACAUGUACUAGAAAGGUACCAUUACAUACUAGUGUAAAGGAAGGCAUGACGCUAAACUGGGGAGAGAAGGGAACUGCUAAUUGGGGGUGGCCCAGAGAGUAGAAGAAAAUCGAAUGGGAAGAUGACCAUUUGAGACUGAGGGAGAGAGAUGUAAUUGCCUGAAUGAGGCAUUGCAAUUGCGAAAUGGAUUUUUGUGUGUACACCAUGUUCAGUUUCCCCGAUCUGUGCUCCUCUUUAAAUCAUUAGUAUCUGAAAUUUCUGUAUCAUUUCCAAAUGCUCUGUCUCUAAUGUUAUGCUGUUGGAAUUGGUUGAACUGCAGAGAUAUCAUUUAUUUGCACAAAUGUGUUCAGUGAAAUGAGUUGCAUGCUAUAUAUGUAUUAUUCUUCCUGAUUCUAUUGUACGCAUACAAAUUAAAGUUAGUUCCACUUUUGAAGAACAAA